CAGACUACAUACUUUCCUCUCAUUUUGCCAUGCUCGACAUGGCCACGUCCUCAGCGCCGAGUUUGGGUGGUCGGGUGGUGCCCAAGAAGAAAAAGAAGCCGCCAUCGUCGGCCGAUGUCCAGCGAAAGGCGGCGCUGUACAACUUGGGCUCGCACCAGAGUUUUCCGAGCACUCGAAAACCCAAACAUCGACAUCGGCUAGCUCUGCAGCAACUUCUUCGCGAGGACCAGUCUUCGUCAGCCGCGACUGGCGAACCAACGGCACAGUGCCAGAUGGGCCGCCCCGAGGCGGCGCAAGUGGGGUUCAUUCGCGAUUUGCAAACUACGGUACCCGAGAUACCCCGAUCGAAGGCACGCCGAAACGCUCGUGGAACCACCGCCGAGUGGAAACUCGGCCGAAGCAACUCGACGUCCAGCUAUAAACUCAGUGCCAGUGGCAUCGACGGGAUGCUGGAACCCACAGACGCUGCGAGGGAAGUGUUGGCGGUGACGUGCCCCACCUCUGAAUUCAGCAACCUCCUCGUCGCAUACCCCCCAGCGGCCGUCGCAAGCGUGGCCAAGGCAUUGGCCGAUCCAGCGCAAAACUGGGUCAAACCUUGCAUCAGUCGUCCUGGACAGUCGGCCCAUAACAGCGACACCCCCGGCGGGUGGCAAAACACAACAAAGCCCGGUGAACAACCAGUCGACAACAACCAUGCCAAAGCUGAGCCAUGGGCCCCCCCUACUUUUCCCCAUCGAAUUAUUACCACCUCCCCUGGGCCCCAUAAAAAUCCCCCCUCGAAUUUGAAUCCCACCCCCCUGCGACGAGACAACAAAGCAGGGGGAGGGGUCCCCACUUACACCUUGCCCACACACACCGUGGAUACGUUUCUACGACAAGCUCAAAAAGCAGAGCGCAGCUACAAUGCACUGACUGCUCGCGUGAAUGCCCACAAGAACCCAGCGCUCAUGUACUCGCUUCCCGUUGCCACGCCGUCACGGAGCUGCCGACUUGGGCUGGAAACCCUCGCCUCGGAUCUGACGGCGGAUUCUCGACGGUCUUCUCGACCCAAAUCCGCUGUGCAUCUAAUUAAAAAUGUCCUCAAAGUAGCUGGAGCCAAAAUUCGGCCCAAGACAGCACGAAUGUCAUAUUUGAAAACAGCAACCGUGUAUUGUGUCGACACUCCAGAUACUAACACGAUGGAGGAAUAUGCGUUGAAGAUUCAAGCUGAAAAGGAUCGACGGAAGAAUGUUGUGAACCGAAAGCAAGCGAUGCAUCGCAUCGUUCGGUACAACUCGAUUGCCGAGCGGUCGGUCGAGUACAUUUUUAACUGUCUAAAGCGCCAAGCGAUGGACAACGUGCCACUUCACUUGCAAGCAAAAUAUGACGCGUUAGAGUUGGACGACUACAUGAAGAUGGUCAACACUGAAGAGGACGAGCACCCGUAUUUAAAGUCCAAUCCUACCGACCCGAGCUACGACGUAGGAUGGGACAGCCUUACGUUGGGCUUGCUUUGGGUACUUUACUACAGUAUAUUCGUCACAAAUAUAUUGUUCGUAUUCAAGUUGCGUGAAUAAUUACAUAUAUAUAUAUUUAUGUUUUGGUAGGUGGAUCGCGCGCAGUUUACGAAAGCAAUGCAAUGUUUAAAGAUGACCCCCGUCGAUGUGAACGUGCUAUUUAGUGUGUUUGAUUUCGAACUGGAACACAAAAUCGAGGUUGGCCAAGUGUGCCGAGAGAUUCGAACGCUUCAGAUGGCGAAACAUAAAAAGCACUUUCCAGACCUCAUGCUCGGGGGCAACCGCACCACGUUGCGCGAGCCGUGACCUGUCUAUAAAACUAUAUAUAAAACCUAUGCACCAUGA